ACACUCUUAAAAAUGGGAAAAUUAAAAUUUGGAGUGGCACCAGUCGUAUAUCCUUCUAUUUUUCUGAUUCUCUUAAUUUCAUUCCUCAAUUUUCACUUUCACUUCCUCUCUUUGUUUCCCACUAAUCUUGUGCAUCACAAACAGAUAAGUAUCGAAGAAGAAUUAAGCAGAGCUCGAGCAGCCAUUAUUGAAGCUGGAAGAAGCCACAGUAACAUCAUCUUCAAUAAUAAUCAUUCCAUAUACAGAAACCCACAUGCUUUCCACCAGUUAUUUAUUAACUCAAUCUCUCUUUUUCAUGCUGCAAAUACACGUGAUAAUAUCAAUAUGUGUGUUGUAACUUGUAUGUACGUAGGAGCUAUGUAGAGAUGGAGAAGAGAUUCAAAGUAUGGGUUUACAGAGAGGGCGAGCCCCCUCUAUUCCACUUGGCCCCCUUUAAAAACAUCUACUCCACCGAAGGCCACGUCAUCGACGAGCUCCACCAUAGCACCAUGGCAGCGCCCCACCCGGACGACGCCCACGCCUUCCUCCUCCCGGUCUCCGUCACCAACAUCGUCCACUACCUCUAUAGCCCCCACGGCGACUUCCACCCAACCCGCAUCGGGAACAUCUUGCAGGACUACGUCACCAUCUUGGCCAAUAAGUAUCCUUAUUGGAACCGGAGCUCGGGCGCCGACCAUUUCUUCGUUUCAUGCCAUGAUUGGGGGCCUUAUGCCACUGCUCGGAAUGCCAAGCUCUUCAAGAACCUCAUUCGUGUUCUCUGCAAUGCCAACGUCUCCGAAGGGUUCAAGCCAGUGCGAGACGUUACCUUGCCAGAGAUAAACGUCCCAUCGUCAGCCCUGAACCAGCCGGACCUGAACCACUCCAAGUCCAUACUCGGCUUUUUUGCAGGCGGGGCCCAUGGUGCCAUAAGGGAAGCCCUCCUCUCCCACUGGAAAGACAAAGACAAGGACCUCCAAGUCCACGAGUAUCUCCCCAAAAACAUCAGCUACUUGGACCUCAUGUCGCGGGCCAAGUACUGCCUCUGCCCCAGUGGCUACGAGGUAGCCAGCCCGAGGUUGGUCGAGUCCAUGCACGUUGGGUGUGUGCCCGUCAUCAUCUCGGAGGGCUACCCCCCGCCCUUCAGCGACGUUCUUGAUUGGAGCACCUUCUCUAUCCACAUUCCGCCCAGGAGGAUACCAGAGAUCAAAAAUAUAUUAGAGGGGAUAGCAGCAGAGGAGUACGAGGAGAAGCACAAACGGGUGUUGGAGGUCCGGAGGCAUUUUGUUAUUAAUCGCCCGGCAAGGCACUACGAUGUCUUGAAUAUGGUCUUUCAUUCUGUCUGGCUAAGGAGGCUUAAUGUUAGGCUACAUGUUUAGUCUCUCUAUUCCACUUUUAUUUUAUUUUUUUCACAUUCACAUUCUCUGUACUAUGGAAUUUUGACAUAUAUAAAUUUACAUUUACUACUUGCUGAAUGAAAGGAUGUCGUCAACAAUCAACAUAGUGGAAAAACUCGUCCAAGAACAACUGAUAUAACUGUCAUAACCCUGUCCAGAAAACAUCAGAAAAUGAGGACUACUGUAAUUUACUCUGUAUAGAAACUCUAGAGGCGUCUCUAGAGGCGUAAGAACAUACGCAAGUGCACCAAAAGUCCCAAUGAAUGUGACAGCAGCAGAGUUCCUAGCUGCAAGAAGCGCCUGCUCUCAGCAUCAAAGUUUCACACUCAUCUUACUGCAAACAGAUCAUACAAAUACAACCACACUAGUGUUUAAGAAGGUUUUAUCCCCGAGUUCUGAAAAAAAUAUCAGCAACAAGGCCUGCAGGUAAGGAUUGUGAAUUUUAAUAUGUAGGACAAGAGUUAGGACAGAGAUAAUUCGGGGUCAUAAGUGUGUAACAAAGAUUUUGGAGCAAAUAGAGAGGUAUGAAGAUUGUACAAGUUAACUGGGAGAAUUUCCUAACUGAAGCAAAACCUGUGCUUAAAUCACCAGCGUCCCCUAAAAAUGGAAGUGAUUGCAGGCUGGUUAGGAAGGUGAAGAAUCCGGAAGUCAGUAGAAUCUUCAAGAAACUAAGUGAUGGAGCAUCUUCAACUCCAUAGUCUAACAACAUGCCGGUGCCACAUUUCUUCCUUGCCUUGUGCUGAAGUGCUGCAAAUUUUACUAGUAUAAGGGAAUAGCCCAAAGUUGUAACCUUUCUCCUUGGUUUUCUUCUGAGGAAAAAAAAAACCAUAGAAUUUCAAGAAUCGUGAAUCUGAUAUUGUGUUAAGAUGAGAUUUUACUAUUCAUA